AUGGGAGUUCAUGCUGACACUAACACCCUCCAGGGCUGCUUAAGCACCAGCCAUAUGCUAUUUUACACAUGGAAGUGCUUCUGGAAAUUGUCCUUUAGAUUACAUCUCAAAUACCCGAAGGAAGCUGAUUUUUCCAGGCUUGCAGUAGCUUCUGGUUUAAAAUGACAUCUGGCAAAAAGCUUCUCACCAAGGGAGUUUGGAUGGCAAGAAGGAAGAAAAUCCAUGCCACCACCAAGAACUGGGUUUGAUUAUCAACAUUUUCUAGAAUCUAGGGGAAAGUUUCUCUACUUCCAAGGCUAAUGGUAAUCGAUUGGAAAGCAUACUCACUGAAUCAACUUUGAGGGGUCACUAAAAAUUAAUAAGAAAGCCUGAUUGUUUGAAAGUGACUGACAACUUUUACCUAAAUGCCUUCUACUUUAUCAGCUAGAAAAUUGGACAGCCAUCACCUUCCUGAGGGGGUGUUUCUUUUGUCAGGCAUAGAGGUAUUUCUACCCUCUCUAGCAAAAACUGAGAGGAAGGAAUUAGGAAAGAUGGAAGGCAGGGGUCGCUUUGGUAGUAGAUCCUAUAUCCCAGCAGGUGUUGACUGCCAGUAACAGGCACAAGAGAAAAUUUUAUCUCAGCAUAGAAGAGCUACUUUACAAGAAAGACACUGAGAAUUUGACUAUAAUCUGUGUUCGUUUCCCUCUCUUCCAUCUGUACUUCUUAAGAUGAAUUCCAGAUUAUACUCAGGUUGAGAAAUAAUGGGAUCAAAAGCAAUGCAACAUGUUUGCAUGUGAAUACGAAGCCCAGUAAAUAUUCUUCUCACUUGAGAAUCAGCACACAAAUAUGAAAAAUAGAUUUUGAUUAUAGUUUACAAAUGUUCUGUCUUUUCUUGCCAUAGGAUUAUAUUUCCCCAUUAUGUUUUACUAAGGCAUGGUCAUGUGACUUGCUCUGGCUAAUGGGAGGUGAGCAGAGUAAUAUGUAUUGCUUUUGAUUGAAAGCCUUAGGAGCCAGCAUGUGACCAGUAUGUUAUCUAUAUCAUAGAGCCAUCAUGAUGGCCAGAGAGAACCUGCUCUGUCAACUUGGGUUCCUAGGUGACAAUGACAUGGAACAGAGCCUCAGGUGAUUAGUAGUAGAUGGCUAAUGUGGGAAGAAAUAAGAAAUAGCCACACUGUAUAUAGUAACCCUCAUUCAUCAUCAACAUCAUCUGCUCCUGACAUCCAACCAUCAACAUCCUCAUGGCUUGAUGACCUAGAAUCACCCAGGGCAGAUGAUCCUUCUUCUGACUUAGCGUCAGAAAGUCAAUUGUAGCCUAACACAACAUCACAAUGCCUACAUCAUUCACCUCACUUUAUCUCAUCAGGCAUCUCACAUCAGCACAAGAAGGGUGAGUGCAGUACAAUAAGAUAUUUUGAGAGCAAGAGAGAAGGAACAUUCCAGGCACCUGGCUAACCUUGAGCAGUCAGUGAGCAAACUGGUAAGUGAGAAGGUAAGAGUUGCUUAAGACAAUAGCUGAGGAAGUCAGAGUCAAGGGAAUUUUUGGUUCUCUACAGAAGUUAAAGAAGCCAUCUUAGCAUCUGUCUCUGAGUUGCUUUCAGAAACUCAGACUUUCACUAAAGGGAUUCUCUGGCCCAUAGACCUCAGAUAAGGGGGAACUGAGGACUGAAUGGUGACUGCUGUUCUGUGAUCUCAGUUUCUUCCUGAGUGGCUACACCCACAGAGAAAGGAAGCCACACCCAUGAGCUCCAGCUAACAUUCUUGUCUGUUGAUCCCAAAUUUUUAGGAAAACUUUACUUUCUUCACCAACUGCAGAUCAGAAAAUCUUUGAAUCCACCGAUGACCUGUCCCCCUCCAAUUCGAGAUUUGAGAUGUCCUGUGUUUUUAGGUCAAACUGAUAUACAGCUCCCAUGUAUUCAUUUAUGACUGCCUGUAACCUCUGCCUCUCCACCUUUAAAACCCUUACCUGUAAACUAUCAGGGAGUUCAGGUCUUAGACAUGAGCUGCCCAGUGCUCCUUGCUUGGUGCCUUGCAAUAAAUGUCUCACUUUCACUUUCUCUCACUGUGAUUCCAGCAUCAGUGUUUGGUUUUCUUGUCUGGGCAAGCAGACCUGAAUUUGGUUUGAUAACAUUCACACUGUCUAUCUCUGUCCUGCAAAGGCAUUACCUACACUUAAAAUCAGGCAGUAUCCUUUGCUUAUAUUAACUAUCACCAUAAAAGGCUGAGAAACUAUGUGAAUGAAUUCUUCCAGCAGAUAGUGAUUGAGCACCUAGAGCUUGUGGCUAGAGGUCAAGAACAGACUUAAACUCUCAUCUCACGUGUCUUACAGUCUAGCACCCAUGUUCAGACAUUAGCCAAAUAACCAGACAAAUCACUGUUUACUUUUAAACUGAAACAGUCCUCUGAAAGAAAGGGUCACACUUCUAUGGGAGCUUCAAGAGGUAUUCUGAUGGUCCUCUCAACCAGUAUGAGAAAUAAGGAAUCCACAAGUUGAGACUUCCAGGUCAAUCUGCAAGAUGGGUGGCUGACCAUGUCAUUCACUGGGUUAUGAAGAUGCUGGCCACUGGAGGAAUAACACUGCCACUCCCUGGGAAGAUGACAGUGCCGUUUGCUAAAUGGGUGCUAGUGGUGUUCCCAGGGUGAAUAAUGAUGUCACUCAUUGGAUGGAUGAUGACGUUGCUCACUGAAUGGAUGAUGAUGUCACUCACUGGAUGGAUGAUGAUAUCACUCAUUGGAAGGAUGAUGAUAUCACUCAUUGGAAGGAUGAUGAUACCACUCACUGGAUGUAUGAUGAUGUCACCCACUGGAUGGAUGGUUACAUCACUGUCUGAAUGGAUGGUGAUGUCACUCACUGGAAGGAUGAUGAUGUCACCCACUGGAUGGAUAAUGUCACUCAAUGGUUGGAUGAUGACAUCACUCUCUGGAUGGAUAAUGAUGUCACUCACUGGAAGGAUGAUGAUGUCACUCACUUGAUGGAUAAUGUCACUCAAUGGAUGGAUGAAGACAUCAUCACUCUCUGGAUGGAUGGUGAUGUCACUCACUGGAAGGAUGAUGAUGUCACUCACUUGAUGGAUAAUGUCACUCAAUGGUUGGAUGAUGACAUCACUCUCUGGAUGGAUAAUGAUGUCACUCACUGGAAGGAUGAUGAUGUCACUCACUUGAUGGAUAAUGUCACUCAAUGGAUGGAUGAAGACAUCAUCACUCUCUGGAUGGAUGGUGAUAUCACUCACUGGAAGGAUGAUGAUGUCAUUCAUUGGAUGGAUGAUGAUGUCACUCUCUCAGCUUUUUUGAUCAUGGUGGGGAAAUGCCAUAAGCUGGUGAACAAGAACUGUGUCAUUCACUUUUGUAGCCCCAGGACCUACCACUGUCCUUGGUGCAUGUAUUAUUGUUUUCAUGCUGCUGAUAAAGGCAUACCAGAGACUGGAUAAUUUAUAAAUAAAAAGAGGUUUAAUAGAUUCACAACUCCAUGUGGCUGGGGAGGCAGCAUGGCAGAAGGUGAAAGGUACAUUUUAACAUGGCAGCAGGCAAAAAAGAGAAUGAGAGCCAAGCAACAGGGGUUUCACUUAUAAAAGCAUCAGAUCUGGUGAAACAUAUUGACUACCAUGAGAACAGUAUGGGGAAAACUGCUCCCGUGAUUCAAUUAUCUCCCACCAGGUCCCUCCUACAACACAUAGCUACAAUUAAAGAUAGGAUUGGGGUGAGGACACAGCCAAACCUUAUCAGUGCGUAAUCACUAUUUAACAAAUAUUUGUUGAAUGUGUUAAAAGGACAUUUUUAGAAAAAGGUAAAACCAUGACUAGCACACAGAUAUAAAUACAGACACUUGUUAGAGGAUGUAUUUUAUGUUUAUAAUGUGAGGGAUGCAGGCAGAUGUCAGAACCAUUUCACAGCAAAGGUCAAAACAGCGCAAAUUUAUGUCUAGUAAAAGAACGUUGAGAUGAAUUUCAAAUGGAGACAAAAUUGUUUCUUUCAAAGUAGGAAGAAGUCAAUUUAAACCACUACCAGCUGUGACAGUAUUUACAUAUCUAUGACUUACCUGCAAUUUACAAAGAGUUUCAAAAUUGCUGGGAGAUAAUGGACCAGGCUGCAAUCUGAUAACUCAGAGGGCAUGGGAUAGGCAGUGCAGUUUUCCACUGAAACACAAAAAUGUUUUAUCUACAAACGAAUGAAUCACCUGUGUCAUCUUGACAUGCAGAGAAGAGAGAACAUUAAUCAAUAGAAACAACUUUAAAUCAGGACCUUGGGUACAAGAUAACAGUUACCAUUUUUGAGACAAAUCAUCGUGUUCCCAAGUUGUGUGUCUCUCCUGGCUGCUCUGGCAGAGACGGUGGAGCCAUGCUUGUGGCUCGUGGCUGUGCUGCGUGUCCUUGUGGUUGCAGGGAGCAGUCUCAGAGCACAAACUCUGCCCUGAGCCUUUUGAGCCCAUGCUGUGAGCAUUUCUACUCAAAGCAGGCUCAGCUGUAGCAACAAUCUGCUCCAGAAUUGUACAUUAUAUUUGUUAGAUCUCAUAGGCAGUAGUGGAUUCUAUUUUCACUGUGCUCCAUUUAUGAGCCAAAAUGAGCCCUGAUGCUCUAUUCAUAACUGCUGGAGCAAGAAUUGCAGGAAGCCUGGUCCUGACAGUGAUAUUUCCACUGCCUGGCUGAUGACCUGGCAUGAGAGACUCGCUCUGAGGCUGAAGUGAGCAACUGCUCAUUGGCUGCAUGGCUGAUUGGCAAGGGAAAGGCUCUCAGCCCUUCUCUGCCCCUGUGUGUUCUGCUGGGAAUGAAAGUUCUUUGCAGGCACAGAGGGUAGCCACUCCCCCUCUGUAAACAAAAUGACUGAUGUCCUCCUCCAGCCUUCUUUCAUGAGUAAAAUU